AUGGCGGGUGAGUCUGAAGAAAAGAAGUCCUUGUCUCUUUUGGGACUUCCCAAUGAGAUUCUCUAUCAUGUCGCUAAUUUUCUGGAGUAUGCUGAUGACGCCAGUGCGUUCUCACGAAGCUGCCGAUUUCUCUAUUCGCUCGUCAAUCCAACCUUAAUGGCACGCUACACCAAGAUCCACGAAGAUAAGGCUAUCCUGUACACUAUGGACAAAGGUGACCAUACACUUAUGCAACAACUUAUUGAAGCAGGCGCGAGUCCAUCGGGCUACGAGAAGAGAUGGGGCGGCGAGUUGGCCCGUAGGGCUACCGAAGACGGCCACACGAAGCUGCUCCGAGUUUUGCUAGGUUUUGAUCCCGAUAGUGAUGGUGACGGUGACUCUGAUGGUGACGCUGACGCUGAUGCUGACGGUGACGGUGAUUCUGACGAUAAACCUGACUGGAAUUUGUACGAUUUCCUGGUCAAAUGUGCCCUUUUAUAUUACCACUGGGAGACAGCGAGGUUUCUUAUAUCUUGCGGGGCAGAUCCCAGUCUUAAUGGCAACCACGAGUGGCUGUGGGCCCCGGCCCUUAACAUAAUGGCGGAUAAAGGGUCCUUGGACAGUGUGCGCUUUCUAGUUGAGGAGGUGGAAGUGUCUCUGGACAGUUAUUUUGGUAACCGGACUUCCCUUAUGAAUGCCGCUAGCCGUGGGAGCUUGGAUAUUGUGGAAUAUCUGAUCGCUAAGGGGGCAGAACACACGCAGAGAGAUCACUGUGACCGAACUGCCAUGUUAUAUGCGGCGUGCGAGAAUCAUGAGGACAUCAUGUUAUUCCUGAUGAAAAUGGAGAAAGAGGCUGACAUCUUCGGGGGAGAGCGUGACCUGAAGUGUUUGGCCUAUAUAGCGUGUCAAAAGAACGCCCGCCUUGUUAAAUUAUUACUCGACAUGAUCGAUAUCAAGGCGAAAAUUGCAUCUGGCUUUGCACUUGAUUCGCUCUUUUAUGCUAGUGCAGUGGCGGGCUGCGAGUCUGCUGUUCAGCUCUUGCUGGAUGCGGGCUGUGAUCCCUUGGGAAUACAGCAAAGUAACGCGUCACUUGAGAGGGACGAAUUCAGCGAUCCCUUGCAGCAGGCAGCUAUAAAUGGACAUGCAGGUAUUUUCAGGCGGAUUUUGGACUUUAUAGGGGCUCGCAACCCGUCGGAGCUUGAAAACUCUCUUGCGAAUGUGAUUCGCACAGCGUCUCGUGCCAACCAGGUGCGGCUGUUGCGAGAAAUCCUGGACAGCAAAAUAGCACGACAAUUGACUUCUGCUGCUCUGCUCGAUGCUUUGUACAAUGCUCUAGAGGUUGCUACGCCGUACAUAGAGGUAAUUCGACUGCUGCUUCAGCGGGGGGCAACGGUGAAAAACAAGCGCAGCGAUCGCCUUUUACUCUCCACUGCUGCAAGAGAGGGCAGCCCAGAAGUCAUGCGAUUGCUCCUCGAGAUAACUAGCUUCGACCCAACCCCAGAUGUCCGGGAGCAUUCCGGCUAUCUCGAAUCUCUUUUCGAUGGGGUACUAAAAAGCCGCGACGCGAGUAUAGAGAGGAUUCGACCUCUUCUAGAGUCGAGUAAAAGCUUUCACCCGGCUAAUAUGGACAGUCUACUAGCUUUAGGCAACGCAACCACAGCCGGCAAUGUGGAGGUCGUCAAAUACUUUCUCGACCACGGUUUCGACCCCAAUGCCCCAGUUCCACAGUUUCCAUUCCCGGAAGCAAGGAAGAGAUUACUCGGCCUAGCCGCUACGUACGUGUCGAACGAGAUGACGAACCUUCUCCUGGCGUAUGGUGCCGAUGUAGAUGCCGAUGCAGAUGCCUAUGCAGAUGCCUCAGGCAGAUGUACUCAUGCAACGGCAUUGCUCUGUGCCGUAAGGAGAGACAAUCGUGACGCUGCCAAAACCCUGCUCAACCACGGCGCCAAUCCCUUUGCUAAAUGCAAUGACGUUCUUGAAACCUCUCAGGGAUAUAAAGUCGGCGAGACGCCUGUGCAUGAAGCUAUAUACUGGCCCAAGGCUAAGUGCCUGCCAAUACUCCUAAAAGCAGUGGAAGAAAGGGGAUUACAGUGGGAUAUCAGGGGUGCUGUACGCAGCAUGCAACAUAAGGUUGAAAAUCCGAAUUAUGAUGUAUAUGAUGAGUUGCCAUACUGGAGUUCCAAACCGUUGCUGAAGAACCUGGUGCAGCAUUAUUGCUGA